AUGGUCCCCCAGAGAGGGCCACUCCUGCUGCUGGCCCUCAGCCUGGGCCUGGCUUGUGCCCAGCAGACGCUAGAAGAGGUGCCCGUACAGCCAGGCUUUAAUGCCCAGAAGGUGGAGGGGCGCUGGCUGACCAUCCAGCUGGCCUCUAGCCGUGCACACCUGGUCUCCCCAGCCGACCCCCUGAAGCUCGGCCUCCAUUCCAUCUGGACCCAGGAUGAGGAUGUGACGUUCGUCUUGUUCUGGACAGGAGAGGGCGUGUGCCAAGGAGUCAACAUCACCGUCCACCCGACUGGGCUCCAAGGCCAGUUCCAAGGCUCCUGGGAGGGAGGCAAUAGCAUGCACGUCUGCUUCGUCGGCACCGACUACAGUAACCUCGUUCUUUACAUCCGCCUCGAGGACGCCGGCGAGGUCACCAGCCUGUGGGCGCUGCUGGCCAGAACGACGCCCGGGGACCCCACGUGGCUGGAGAAGUACCUGGAGUACGUUCGGGAGCUCCGGCUGCACAAAGCCCCGGUCUUCAAUCUCGAUGGUGAGUGCGUGGACGCUUCCCCGACGCCAGGCCGCGCUGGGAGCGUAAGACCAGGGCACAGAAAACCACGGGCAGCCUCUCCGGGGCCCAUCCCGGUGUCCCGCAGCUGA